AUGACUGGGAAACUGCUUGUGACUAAAAACCAGGCGUCGGCAGAGGGAGAAAAACAACCUCUGCUUACGGAGAUCCACGCGGCUCUUCGUACUACUUCAUCUGGAUUAGGCGACCGAUACCCGUCUCAGAAUGCGACCUGUAUCUCUUCCGCCCUCUUCUCAUGGGUAACGCCACUCAUGGAGCUAGGUAAUCAACGCCCAUUGCAACACGAUGAUCUGUACCUUUUAGACCCUGUUAAUCGAGCGCGUGAGGUGUCAACAAAGUUUGAAAAAGCUUGGAAGAAGCAGUGUAAUAAACCUAAUGGUAAACCGAGUCUCGCUUGGGCUUUGGCGUCCUGUUUUGGAGGACAACUUGCAAAAGCAGGACUGUUAAAAUUGGUCCAUGACUCGCUACAGUUUGUGGGCCCAAUGCUGAUCAAGGAGAUCAUUGCAUACUUGCAGAAUCCAGAAGCUCAGUUGAAUGAAGGACUGGUGUAUGCAGCUAUUGUGUUUGUAUCUGGCGUGUUGCAGUCGUUCUUGUUGCGAAACUAUUUCUUCAAUUGCUUCGAAGCAGGAAUGAGAGUCAGAUCGGCCGUGUGUACUGCAGUGUACAAUAAGAGUUUGGUCCUGUCUGCUGCGGCGAGACAGAAGAAGACAACCGGAGAGAUCACUAAUCUCAUGUCGAUCGACGCUCAGAGACUGCAGGAACUCUCAACGCUCAUCAAUAGUGUGUGGUUUUCCAUUUUCCAGAUUGUCGUGGCCUGCUAUUUGCUGUGGAAACAGAUUGGUGUCGCUACGUUUGCAGGUGUCGCAGUGAUUAUCUUGAUGCUGCCAAUUACAGCGGGGAUCUCUAAACUCAUGCAAGGGCUGCAGAUCAAGUUGAUGAAGGUCAAGGAUGAACGUAUUAAGAUUUGCAAUGAAGUACUGGCUGGGAUAAAAGUGAUCAAGCUGCAGGCGUGGGAACACUCGUUUACCAAACGCGUGCUUGAAUAUCGUAGUGAGGAGCUUAGCAAGCUGCGCACUUACAUCUAUGCACGUAGUGCAUCCAUGACGCUCUUUUCGGCGAUUCCUGCGCUGGUAACGGUGGCAUCCUUCUACACUUACGUCAAACUUGGCAACACACUAGAUGUGGGCACCGCUCUCACAUCGCUGGCACUUUUUAAUAUCCUCCGUUUCCCGUUGUUUAUGCUACCACAGGUUCUCAACUCGAUUGUUGAGGCCAGUGUAAGUGUCGAUCGCUUGAGCUCGUACUUCCAGGAAGAGGAACGCGAGAAAGUUGAGCCUGGAGAUUUAGAUAGCGCCGGCGUUCGAGUGAGCGAUGCUGAUUUUAUGUGGGACACGGCACCAGAUAUGCUAGAAGAGGACAGUUUACUGCGGGAGGACUCGCUAGGGGAAAGGGAAGCACAGGGAGGUGGGGGCAGUGUGCCUGUUUUGCGUGGUGUGUCACUGGAGGCUCAUCUUGGUGAUCUGAUUGCUGUAGUUGGUCACGUUGGUGCCGGUAAGUCUACACUUCUUAGUGGAAUCUUGGGCGAUGCUCGAUGCAGUCGCGGCAAGGUGAGCCUUCGGGGAUCUGUAGCUUACGUCUCACAACAGCCAUUUAUUCAGAACGCAACAGUUCGUGAGAACAUUUGUUUCGGUCUCCCGUUUGAUGAGGCGAAGUAUGGCAAGGCACUACGGGCCAGCUCUAUGCAGAAGGAUCUGGCCACGCUACCUGGCGGAGAUCUUACGGAGAUUGGCGAAAAGGGUAUCAAUCUCAGUGGCGGGCAGCGCACUCGAGUAGCCCUCGCCCGCGCUGUAUACCAGGAUGCCGAUAUUUACCUGUUGGAUGAUAUUCUGUCGGCUGUGGACAGCCACGUUGGGCAUGAUAUUUUCAAGGAAUGCAUCAAGAAUUGCUUAAAGAAUAAAGUGGUGAUACUAGUCACGCAUGGUCUGGCAUUCCUAAGCGAAUGUGACAAGAUUAUAGUUUUGGAAAACGGCUUGGUCGCGGAAGAAGGCACUUACAAACACCUUAUGGCAAAGGACGGUGGACUGUUGAUUGAACUUGUGACCAAAUACAAAGAACAAGAUCAGCAAGAACCCAACACGACUGAGGAGGUCGAGAAUAUCGUUGUGCUUGAUGAGUUGGAGGAGGAUGAAGAAGAUAACCCGACACCAGAACGUCUAGGCCGGAGACUCAGCCGUUCGUCUGUGCGAAGCGAACGCUCGAUAAGCGAAACAGGAGUUGAGACUCAACUGAUUGCCGACGAAGAUCGGUCUGUAGGCGAUGUUGCCUGGCAGGUGUACAGGACAUGGAUCAUGGCGUUUGGUGGAAUUUCGGCGGGUCUACUAGUGCUUGUCGUGUUCAUCGCCACUCAGUUCGUGCAGUUGCUGUCAACGUGGUGGCUUUCAUUCUGGUCGGAGCACUCCCAGUCCGAGGAUAAUGGCGACCAGCUUGCGCCCCAACGAUCGCAGAUGUUUUACGUGUAUGUGUACAUGGGCCUAAACGGAUUGUUCGCUGUGGCACUGUACGUACGAGCUAUUAUGACAUACAAGGGUGGUUUGCGUGCAAGUCGGUCACUGUUUCAGAACCUACUGGCUCGCAUUUUACGUGCUCCAACUUCCUUCUUUGACACGACACCAACAGGUCGUAUCGUUAAUCGUCUGUCUAAGGAUGUGUAUACUGUUGAUGAGAGCAUUCCUGCCACGUGGAGUAUGCUUCUCUAUACAUUCAUCAGCGUAUUGGUGACAUUGGCCACUAUUUCUUACGUGACGCCAAUUUUCGUGAUCAUUCUACUCCCGAUUCUGGUGGGCUAUUACAUCUCGCAGCGAUAUUUUAUCAAAACCUCGCGUGAACUACAGCGUUUGGACUCAAUCAGUCGUUCCCCUGUGUUCGCCUCGUUGUCCGAGACCCUCGACGGCUUGCCAACGAUUCGUGCGUAUCGUGCUGAGACACAGUUUUCCACGAAGAAUGAAGAGUUGAUUGACCGCAACCAGCGUGCUUACUUCCUAAACUUUGCAGUGAACUGCUGGCUGGCGCUACGUCUCGAAUUCGCUGGAACACUUAUUGCGGCUUUCGCCGCGCUAGCUGCUGUCCUGUCCCACAGCUCGGACCCGGAGCGCGGGACAGCUUUUGCCGGCCUUGCAGGUGUAUCUCUCACAUACGCAUUCAGUGUAACGCAGUCGCUUAACUGGUCUGUGCGUAUGCUGAGCCAGUUGCAGACGCAGAUGGUUUCUGUGGAACGUAUCAAGAAUUACACAAAUAUAGACACGGAAGCCGACCUCACGAGUGUGGGCAAGCUUCCUCCUGCUCAGGAAUGGCCAUCUGCAGGUGCUAUUGAAUUUCGCAAUGUGAACUUGCGCUACCGCCCAGGCCUGCCUCGUGUCUUGCGCAACUUGUCACUCUCCAUCCUUCCCCAGGAGAAGAUCGGCAUUGUAGGUCGCACGGGUGCUGGCAAGUCCAGCCUCGUCGUGGCGCUUAUGCGCCUAGUGGAAUUGGACAGCGGCUCCAUUGACAUCGAUGGAGUGGAUGUUGGCACGAUCGGAUUGCACGAGCUGCGCAGCAAAAUCUCAAUUAUCCCCCAGGAUCCAGUGCUCUUUUCAGGGACAGUGCGCAGCAAUGUGGAUCCAUUUGACCAGUAUACGGAUGAGCAGAUCUGGACGUCUCUGCGCCGGGCUCAUCUCGCGCACGUGGUGACUGCGCUGGAUGGGCCUGUGGACGAAAAGGGCUCCAACUUCAGCGUGGGCGAGCGUCAGUUGCUAUGUAUUGCUCGCGCUCUGCUCAAACGCUCGCGCAUCAUCCUCAUGGACGAGGCUACAGCCUCGAUUGAUACUGAAACCGAUCGCAAAAUUCAACGCAGCAUCCGGGAGGAGUUCCGCGACUGCACGUGCCUCACAGUUGCACACCGCAUUAACACAAUUCUUGAUGCGGACCGCAUCCUUGUUAUGGACCGUGGCUCUGUGGGCGAGUUUGAUACUCCUAAGGCACUUCAGAAAAAGCAGGACGGUCUGUUCAAGGCACUUGUGGAUCACUGGAAAAACGAGGACGAGUAA